GUUGAAGAAGCCAUCGUGGCAAUAGAUAAACUCGUUGUAAGUCAGUGCUCCAAGAAGGUCAAAGUAAGCGAAGAAAUAUUAAGUGUACAUCCGUCUCCAAGAGUUUGGAUGAACCUACUUAGGAAUGGGCAAAAUUAGGUUCUGGAUGUCACCUGUUUUCGCGGAUUUGGAGAUUGUAGAUACUGCGUGGACGUGCUUCGAUUUUGCACGACGGAUGUAAUUGACUUUUGGUAGGUAGUUUGCGUUGGCGAUAAGGCACUUUGCGAUUCUUGCAGGCAGAACCGUAACGAGAUAGUGACAACUCGUGUUGUGGAAAAACCAGACGCUGGCUGGUACCCGCACCGUUUUCUACGUUUUUAAUCGUUCUGGGCGAAGGGAGUAAUCGCGAUUGAUUCCCACGAGACGCACAGCAGAAGUUUCUCUACGUAGAAAGAGCUCGGACGCGCAGGCCGAAUGGUGCAGCGAUGAUAACGACGAUUUCAUCUCAGCACCGCAACGACGCUUGUGUGCGGUGGACAUCGUGCAGCGCUGCGUCGUUGCGAGCAUCAGAUCGAAGACUGUGGGACUGCAAAUGAGUGAUCAACUGAGCAAGAGACGCGCAGCGAAAAUGUCAAUGCGGUAGGCGCUUAAGCCACCCAAUCCUUCUAGUCAUCCUCGAACCUAUCGUUAAAAAUUAAUUUUUCGUGGUUUGAAGAGCGGUUAGAAGCUGUAGCAGUAGUAGCUGUAAAGCGAAGAUCGACGAUCAUGCCGGAAACGACAGGGUCUAUGAGCCCGAACGAGAACGCGCACCGGCGCCUCUUGCUUGGUGGGCAGGGCUCCCCGCGAUUGCGCAAGAACAGCGGAAAGCUGCAUGCUGCUGCAGUUGCAGACGAUAUCGAGUUACGGCCUUUUUCGGAUCAAUGAUGAGGAUGAGGUGAGUGGAUAUCUGAUACGCGACUUCCAUCUUGAGAUGUUCCACUCGCGUCUCUGCAGUGCCUGUGACCACUACCGUAAUGGCCCUGUUUUUUCGUUUUGGGCUACCCCAAUCCUAUCGUGGUAGGCUCGCAAAAUUUAUAAAAGUUGCAGGGUGCCAGUGCCAAUACCAUUGACCACUACCGUGUGGAACGUGCUUUUCGUUUCUGUAGGAUCCCAAACUGAGGGUGGGGAGCUCUCAAAAUUUUCAAAUUUAUUAUGUACUGCGUUGUAGGAAGAAAAAGCAGCAAGCACUAAAAAACCUAGCACGAGAAGCCUUGAUGGAUCCAAACACAACACCUGCUGAGAUCAAGGUCGAGUUGAAUCGAGCCAACGAUACGGGAAUGACGCCGCUGAGCAUCGCGGUUUCUAGAGGGAAUGCCGAAAUGACCAAGCUUUUGUUAGAACACGGCGCUGACAUGUUCGUCAAAUCGAAAGUACUUAAUUACACUGCCGCGUUAGAAGUUUAAUUCUGAAUGUACGCUUAGAAAGAAUGCAUCAGACAAGCAUUUAGUAAACUUACUGGCCAUCUUCGGGCUUGGUGAGUCGACCUUGCUUCCUCGUAAAUUCUCAAAUUCAAGAACUGCAAAAAGUAGACUUGAUUCAACACGGUUUCACUUUUCAGGAAUCGAUACAAACUAGAACAUAUAAUCCAAUCCAAAAACACACGGACUUGUCUGUUUAACCUAAUAUCAGGACUACGGACUCACUUUGUUGGAGGUUGCUGCUGAGAAGAGUCCCGAGAUCGAAGAUAUGUUGCGCUCAGAAAUUAGGGUGAGGACGACGGAUGCGUCCGAGCGACUGAGCGUUCUCCAGAAGGAAAUGGGCCAGUUGCAGAAGGAGCUUGCUGGCCUAUCUGCUUUGCAACGUAGUGCGCGUCCACGAGUUGAUGAAGACGCUGCAGCAGAAGGCAAGAGGACGGAAGAGCAGAUAAGUGUAGGGCAAUGGUUGUUAUCUUCGUCAUGCUAAGAGCAAAUUGGAAACAGAGCAUAAAAUGUGCUGUAAAACAAGUAGUAGACGAUUCUAAAUAUGGAUGCACAGCGCGACGGCGGAAAAGCGGGCUUCGAUGCAGUGGAUGACGUCCCGGGUGUCGGCAAGGCGGAUUUCGAAGCGACAAAUCUAGCAUACUACGGCGACGAAGUGCUGCCUGAAGACCACUAUUUUGUUCGCUACAAAGAGGAAGUAAAAAUUGCCUGAUUUUUUUGUUUGCUCUUUUGUGAGCUCCUGACUGUGCUUUCUUUGUACGUUGUAGUGUGUUCUUGCAUGCUAGCAUGCAUAUUUAUGUUUAGAAAAAAAAACAAUAAGGAUAUGGUGAAGAUAUAAACAAUCAAAGAGGUUGCGUCGUGUGUGGCUGCACUGAAGCAGGUGCAGGCGCACCUUUGGGAGAUACAGUGCGGCAACUUAUUUCGUGUGGUGUUGCCACCAUCGUCCGCCUCCUCGUCUCGGUCUGGUGCUUCGGCGUUGAACACCUUCGGCAUGGGAGCCAGUUUUUCCGCAGGAAAGGACCUAUCUUCAGAAGUAAACUUUCGAGAGUUCCGCGUGGUGCCCUCGGAUGUAGUUAUGAUUAUUCGGAUCAUCAAGCGAGUCCUCUUGAUGAGGACUCGCUUGAUCAAAUUCACCAUACUUCCUUGUGGAAUAGAUCCUCACUGUGUCGUGAAUCUAUGUCUCGCUUUCAUGGACAAUCUGCAGGCUGGAUUUAAGCGGCUCAUGAUAAUGGCAGAGGAUCGGAAACGGCAUCUCGAUGGAACACAGCCACGAAGUCUAUCCUUGAUUAUGAGUGAUACGUAGUAAACAGAGUGCUGCAGAGGACUCAGGUGAAAUUUUUGAUGAUCCAUAUGCCGAGGAGCACCGUCGUGCCAACUGCUCCUCCCUCACCACAAUGGCGACAGGAGCGUUUCGCUUUCGUCGAAUUGGGGUAAAGUCUGGGUAGAUGAAAGAGUCUACUGAACAAAGGCUUCUAAAACUAGGCCUGCAGAUGCAUUGAUGGCCCUAGCAGAAGGCGUUACGGAAGAUGUAAGCGAAGUAGAGCAGCUUGCGGCGAACGUGACAGACAGGAUACUCAAGAAAGAAGUGCCCGUUGUCAAGGUAUUCGAUCUCGCUCUGUCUUCAUUUACUUUUCAAUCUCACAUUCACAGUACUGUAAUCACCAAAGCUUUUUGAUUCGAGUACAGAAGAGUUAGAGUAGCAGGCUUUUUUAGUCGCUUUUGCCCAAAUGAGUUGCUGUAAUAGGUUGAAACUCUCCUUUCACUCAUGUACUGUCCUGUGCUAUUUCAUCAGGCCAACCUGUGGGAGACUCUACAAGUUGGAGCAGACGGACAGAUCGACGCAGCAGGUAGAUCCGUAGCAUACUGGGAAAACCUGGUCUUUCCAAAGAUCAAAAAAACAGAGGCAAACGACGGAUCACUAUCAGACCGCGUGGAUACGUACUUUUUCAGCCUAGACAUGUGGCUUUCGUUUUUAGAAAACUGUUACUGAAUUUUUUUUCGCUUCUUGAAUAUAUGAUGUUCAGUACUGGUCAAUAUAGGAGGGAUAAAGCAAACCAACAUUCACACAGAUCGAAAUGGCGAGAGGAUCCCAUGCGGUACGUGGCGCAGCGUUUUGAAGUAGGACGAAAAUUUGUCUCGAUGCAGUCAAGCAGUAGUACGGUUUACAUAUCGAACGUGAAACUUGACAAGAAAGAGGGUUCUGUCCAGCCAGGGGAGGUGAUGGGCUUUCUAUCCGGACGCUAUUGCAGUUACGUUGACUGUUUUUGAUCAAAGUUUUUUAGAUAAGAUGUAUGAAAAAUGAACCACCCGAGGAGUUAGUACUAAGAUUGAAAUAUAUGCCUUAGGAGGUAGUGGAGAAGAGCUUCCUCGCUUAUCUAACGAGAGCGACGGGUUUUCGAGUCCGCAGCUGUGCCUGGUCGCGAGAGCGGGGGAUAUUUCUAUGAUCCCGGUGUGUACGUUCUUUCCCGCCUUUGCGCUGAUCGGAAAGUAAAUGGAGAGCCUCUAGUUCUAGUGUUGGACUCGCCAUCCACCAAUCCCCUGAACGCGAUUGCGGAUGUUGCAAACGACCCACUGAAAAUCGAUCCACCUGCGCCACCGGCGGCUCCUUUUAUGAUUAUACUAUAGAUUCACGCUCACGCUAGUAAAGGUCAUGGUCAUGCACUUACUUCGUGUACAGACUGUAAUGCUACCCCUACUACAUCUUUCACGACCAUGCAAUAAGUACUCAGAAUGGUAUUGUGCUUGUUCAUUUUGCCUGGCCGCGUCGCGCAAGGUCGAGGUCGGGUGGUCCCGCUGGAAGAAGUAAACGCCGACCAGCGGACCAAACCUAAUGUGGAGAUUGUCGAGGUGCUGGUGCGCGGCGUGCCAGUUCCUUUUAUCCGCGCUCUCCGUGUUUUGCAGCCCGACGAAGAGCUGAUGCUCGACCGUUCUGUCAUGUGGCUCGGAUAUUCCACGUCUUUACGUCGGCUGCGGCUCCUAAGAAAGACGGUCCAGGAGCUUCUAACUCGAGUCGGAGACGUAUGACCUUUCUAGCCGGAGACGAAGGAUUCUGCACGGAUAAGUGACUUGACCGAAAAGAUUCAUCUGAUGAGAUGAGGAUAUUAUUUCCACCGCACCUGAUGUUGAUUUGAUAUGCUAAGGAUACGCGCCUGAUAUGAUUCCUUUCGUUUUUCUAUCCAAGAGCUUUGCAGAUGCACGGUAUAUUUGAUAAUCGAUACAGGACGACGAGAUGACGAUGAGAGAUCGAAUUAGUAGCGAGACGUUAUAUUGAUUUGUGUCGUUGAUCAUGUAUGGUUCGUUAUUUGCUACAAAUGAAAUCCCGAAGAAGAAAGAUCUGCUUGCGUAAGAG